AUGCAGUAUCCUCCAUUCGUAGCGACAGAGAUUCCUGGUCCUUCUCCAGACGGCGAUUUUGGUAAUUUGACUACGAGACCUCCACAGGUCGAUCCGUUUAUUGAGGAGCUUCUUUCUGAAAAACAAAGAGUUGACCCUACGCUGAUUCGUGUGCACGAAGUAAUCGAUAGAGAGUUAGAGAAAAGAGCUGGAAAACAAGAACCUGAGUACCUUGAAGUGGAUAUCGAAAAACCGAUAAAGCUAGUAAAGAAAAUACUUAUUCCAGUUGCGAGGCAUCCGAACUUUAAUUUUGUGGGAAAAUUGAUGGGUCCAGGCGGCAGUACUUUGAAAAGUAUGCAGGAAAAGCUAGCGGUAAAAUUGAACGUUUGGGGCCGCGGAUCGACGAAAGACAGUAGCAAAGAAGAGGCGCUUCUUGCAACGGGAGAACCGAAAUACGCACAUCUGAAAGAGUGUCUGCAUGUCCGAGUUACCGUUGUGGCGCCCCCAAUCGAAGCUUAUAAAAAGAUGUCAGAGGCAUUAGAAGAAGUGAAAAAACAUUUGAAUCCGGACAUGGGUGAUGAUAUAUCGAAAGCUCAGAUUACAACGCUUGGGUUCAAUCCUCAGAAAUAUGCAAAUCAGCCUGCAGCCCCAAGAGGUCGUGGAGGUGCAAUUCCGCCUGUAGGGCAUGGCAGGGGCAUGAUGCCUAUGGAUAUAGGCUACGAUUAUGGUACGCAAAACUUUCUUCAACCAUACGGUUAUCCUGACCAGUAA